AUGGCUGCUAUCGCCCCCCAGCAACCGCUCACUUUCAACGAUGUCUUUGAGGAGGAGGAUAUUGAUGAGCCCAAGGAGGCCAACUCGGUCCACCACAUUCGCGCCAACUCUAGCAUCAUGCAUGUGAAGAAGAUUCUUGAUUUUCAGAACUGUAGGUUGCAAUUCUCGGCUCACGAGCUUUCACUGCACACUGUUGCAGUUUUCAGGCAGAAGGCCGAUGAAGCCUACGUCAUUGGCAAGCGCGGACAGUACACCCCUGUCGGCGCCUAUCUGGCUGGAGAUGAGAUUGUCAAAAUUGCGGUCGAACAUGGCGUGCAAAUGAUCCACCCCGGUUACGGUUUCCUCUCCGAGAACGCCGAAUUUGCCCGCAAGGUUGAGAAGGCUGGCCUCAUCUUCGUCGGCCCCUCCCCCGAGGUCAUUGACUCGCUCGGUGACAAGGUCUCUGCCCGAAAGCUUGCCAACGCUGCCAACGUCCCUGUUGUUCCUGGUACUCAGGGCGCCGUUGAAAGGUACGAGGAGGUCAAGGACUUCACUGACAAGUAUGGAUUCCCCAUCAUCAUCAAGGCCGCUUUCGGUGGUGGUGGCCGUGGUAUGCGAGUAGUUCGCGAACAGGAGAGUCUCAAGGAGUCCUUUGAGCGUGCCACCUCCGAGGCAAAGACUGCCUUUGGUAACGGCACUGUAUUCGUUGAGCGCUUCCUUGACAAGCCCAAGCACAUUGAGGUCCAGCUUCUCGGUGACAACCACGGCAACAUCGUCCACUUGUACGAGCGUGACUGCUCCGUCCAACGACGACACCAAAAGGUUGUUGAGAUUGCUCCUGCCAAGGAUCUUCCCUCUGAAGUCCGUGACAACAUUCUUUCCGACGCUGUCAGACUGGCCAAGACAGCCGGCUACCGCAAUGCAGGCACUGCGGAGUUCCUGGUUGACCAGCAGAACCGUCACUACUUUAUUGAGAUCAACCCUCGUAUUCAGGUCGAGCACACGAUCACUGAGGAGAUUACCGGAAUUGAUAUCGUUGCCGCCCAGAUUCAGAUUGCUGCUGGUGCUACUUUGAACCAGCUCGGUCUUACUCAGGAUCGCAUCUCGACUCGUGGCUUUGCCAUCCAGUGCCGUAUCACAACUGAGGAUCCUGCCAAGGGUUUCCAACCUGACACUGGAAAGAUCGAGGUCUACCGAUCUUCUGGCGGUAACGGUGUCCGUCUGGAUACCGGUAACGGUUUCGCUGGUGCCGUUAUCACCCCCCAUUACGACUCUAUGCUUACGAAGUGUACUUGUCACGGCUCUACCUACGAAAUUGCUCGCAGAAAGGUUCUCCGAUCCCUGAUCGAGUUCCGUAUUCGAGGUGUCCGAACCAACAUCCCUUUCCUGGCUUCUCUUCUCACCCACCCUACCUUUAUUGAUGGAACUUGCUGGACUACUUUCAUCGACGAUACCCCUCAGCUUUUCGACCUUGUUGGCAGCCAGAACCGUGCCCAGAAGUUGCUUGCCUACCUAGGUGACGUUGCCGUCAACGGCAGCAGCAUCAAGGGCCAGAUCGGUGAGCCCAAGUUCAAGGGCGAGAUCCAAGUUCCCGAGUUCAUCAACUCUGCCGGAGAGAAGGUUGAUACCUCCCAGCCUUGCACCAAGGGAUGGCGAAACAUCAUCCUCGAGCAAGGACCCAAGGCUUUUGCCAAAGCCAUCCGCGAGUACAAGGGCACUCUCCUUAUGGACACAACUUGGCGAGAUGCUCACCAGUCACUUCUGGCUACUCGUGUUCGUACAGUCGACUUGCUUGGCAUCGCCAAAGAGACCAGUCAUGCUCUUUCCAACCUCUACUCUCUUGAGUGCUGGGGAGGCGCCACUUUCGAUGUUGCUAUGCGAUUCCUCUAUGAGGAUCCUUGGGACCGACUUCGCAAGAUGCGAAAGCUUGUUCCUAACAUUCCUUUCCAGAUGCUGCUCCGUGGUGCCAACGGCGUUGCUUACUCUUCUCUACCUGACAACGCCAUUGAUCACUUCGUUGACCAGGCUAAGAAGAACGGUGUCGACAUCUUCCGUGUCUUCGAUGCUCUUAACGAUAUUGAUCAGCUCGAAGUCGGUAUCAAAGCGGUGCAGCGAGCAGGGGGUAUAUGUGAGGGAACAGUAUCCUACUCCGGAGAUAUGCUUAGAAAGACAACUGCCGACCCAAGCUCUACAUUGAGACUGGGGCAGUACAGAAGACAGGAGUUGCUGCCGUUCUAUGUCAAGAAGGCCUUGGACAAUGGUUUCUCAAUCACCCAUUAUGGCCUUCUCUGCUGGUCACCUAUUCCUGAUCUCACUCGAGCGGCUUCUCUGCGUGGCCUCUUUUUGGUUCUUGAGGCCGCCUUUACUCUUUGGUUCUGGCCGAUAGCAUCGCGAACUAAAGACUACGGAAUGCCUCGUCUUUUCCCUUGGGAUACUAGUACCUUGAUACAUGAUGGGUGCUGCAGUCACUUCCCAUUGAUCGAAGGAGCCUUGGGUCUUUCCGCUAGCCUUUCUCCUGAACAAAUUGCAGCAGUCAAAGUAGAGAGGCGGCGCAAGGCACAAGCUUGGUUUCAUACUCAAAACCGUGCCUACAGGAGGGCCCGCGACAGAGGACCUGUCAGUAGGCGCAAACGGAGGGUUCUUGCUUCUAAGAAGUUUUCAUGCAUCACCUGUGGCCUUGUAUUCGACUGCGCGUUUCAUAAAAGGCGCCAUGAGGCUACUAAGAAUCACCGCAACAAGGCUGCUGGCCAGCAGUUCAAAACAGUUACUCGCUGGACUAUCACCUAUGCGAAGAACCGCGCCGCUAAACGAUAUUACUGCCAACCUUGCGACUAUGCUGCUGGAAGCCGAACAACACUCAAGAGCCACUGCGAGUCAAAGGCCCAUUUACAAAAGGCUGGGGAUAGCUUCUCAUUCCCAUCUAUCAUGCGCAUUAAGGGCAAGACAGCUGCGAAGAGGGUAGCCGAUAGAAAGAUUACCGCAAAGGAGAAUGUUGAGUCGAAAAAGUUCUAUUGCCAACCUUGCGACUAUGCUACGACAGAUCGGCGCAAUUUUAAUCGCCACCUUAGAGCGCAAAAGCACGAAGACAAAGUGACUGGCACUGUUCGGGUACCGAAAGAGCCGCGCACCGAGGAGCGCAGAGAACAACGUGCCGCAGCCCGCAUUGCAAAACUACACUACUGUGAGGUCUGCGAUUAUAUUGCUGGAACCCAGCAAAACCUGAACAGUCACUUCAACACAAAGCCACACCAGGAGAAGGCUAAGUCACAUCAAAAGCGCCCUGGCAAGAAGUACAACCUCGAGUACUACCUUGCUCUCGUCGACAAGCUUGUCGCUCUUGACAUUGAUAUCCUGGGUAUCAAGGACAUGGCUGGUGUACUGAAGCCCCAUGCCGCUACACUACUGAUCGGAUCCAUUCGAGAAAAGUACCCUGAUCUCCCCAUCCACGUUCAUACCCAUGACUCGGCCGGUACUGGUGUUGCCUCUAUGGUUGCCUGCGCAAAGGCUGGCGCUGAUGCUGUUGAUGCCGCCACCGACAGUCUGUCGGGAAUGACUUCUCAGCCCAGCAUCAAUGCUAUCAUUGCUUCCCUUGAGGGAAGCGAGUGUGACCCUGGAUUGGACCCCAAGCUUGUCCGAACUCUUGACAUGUACUGGCAGCAACUUCGUCUGCUCUACUCCCCCUUCGAGGCCCACCUUGCUGGCCCCGAUCCUGAGGUGUACGAGCACGAGAUUCCUGGUGGUCAGUUGACCAACAUGAUGUUUCAAGCGUCUCAGCUGGGUCUUGGAUCCCAGUGGCUCGAGACCAAGAAGGCCUAUGAGCAUGCCAACGAGCUUCUCGGUGACAUCGUCAAGGUUACCCCAACUUCCAAGGUUGUUGGUGAUCUUGCUCAGUUCAUGGUCUCCAAUGGUCUUUCCCCCGAAGAUGUCAAGGCGAAGGCUUCUCAGCUCGAUUUCCCCAGUUCCGUUCUGGAGUUCCUUGAGGGUCUGAUGGGUCAACCUUAUGGUGGAUUCCCCGAGCCUCUUCGAUCAGAUGCUCUUCGUGGUCGACGCAAGCUCGACAAGCGACCCGGUCUGUUCCUCGAGCCUGUUGACUUCGUGAAGACCAAGCGCGAACUUGGUAAGAAGUACGGCGCACCCGUUACUGAGUGCGACGUCGCUUCGUACGUGAUGUACCCCAAGGUCUUUGAGGACUAUAAGAAGUUUGUCCAGCAAUACGGUGAUCUUUCCGUGCUGCCCACUCGAUACUUCUUGUCUCGUCCCGAGAUUGGCGAGGAGUUCAACGUUGAACUUGAGAAGGGCAAGGUCUUGAUUCUCAAGCUUCUUGCUGUUGGCCCUCUGUCCGAGAACACUGGACAGCGUGAGGUCUUCUUCGAGAUGAACGGAGAGGUUCGACAGGUCACUGUUGUUGACAAGAAGGCUGCUGUUGAAAACAUCAGCCGACCCAAGGCCGAUGCUAAUGACUCGAGCCAGGUCGGCGCGCCUAUGUCUGGUGUCCUGGUAGAGCUCCGCGUCCACGAGGGCUCCGAGGUUAAGAAGGGAGACCCAAUUGCGAUUCUCUCUGCCAUGAAGAUGGAAAUGAGCGUGAGUGCCUCUCACUCGGGCAAGGUCACAUCACUCCAUGUGCGUGAGGGUGAUUCGGUUGAUGGUUCUGAUCUCAUCUGCCGAAUUGAAAAGGCAUAAGGAACAUGGACGACACAGAGACGAGAAAGGAUUGGAGUUUAAUGAUACAUUACGGAUAACGCGAAUACCUAAGGAAAAUGAUGGGAUAUUCGUUUGGCGGGUGAAGAUGACCUAUGAAUAGUUUCUAUGAGCACUCUAAAUAAAAUUGUGACAAAUG